AAACUUUGAAGUUUACGGCUUGUGGCAGCACGAUCUGCUCUAGUGUGAUCAGCGGUGAUCAGCUUCAGAAAGAUUUGCCGUUUCGUCAAGUCAACAUUUAUUAAUUAAUCUUGACCCGAACAUUUUCGUACGAAUUAUCUUCUCUCGUUUCAACCUUGCGAUCCUGUUCAAGAAUUUAGUACAACUACAAAAUGUCUAACCGAGAAGGAGGUAAGAAGAAGCCCCUAAAGGCACCAAAAAAGGAGUCUAAAGUUAUGGAUGAGGAAGAUGUGGCAUUUAAGCAAAAGCAAAAGGAAGCACAAAAAGCCUUAGCUGAGGCAGCAAAGAAAGCAAGUCAAAAGGGUCCUCUAGUUACUGGUGGCAUUAAAAAGUCUGGGAAGAAAUGAUCGUAAAAAAUAAACAAAAUAUGUGAUCCACUGUGCCCAUAAAUGUUCCGAUUAUAACAAUGAUUUUGAACUGAACCAUCAUUACAUCAGACUGCAACUUCUUUUUAAUGUUCCUUAAAUAUUUUGAGAGAUGCUUUAAACUUGUAAAUAUAACAAUAUUAUGUAUAUGUUCUCCAUUAAAUUUUUAUAAAAAUUAACACAAGUCUUAUAUAAUGGCAUUUAUUAAAUAAUGGAUUUUUAUAUGUUUCAAGUACAUUGAUUCACAGGAAGAGGGAACAAAAUAAUAAACGUAUAAAACUC